AUGUCUGUUGAAAUUAGAGAACAUUAUGAAAAAAUGAAAGAAUUAUGGAUCCUUUAUGGAGAUUAUGCGGUAUUGCUUCUGGUUUCGUUGUGUUAUUUCAUUAUGGAUGUUACAAUGCUUCCCUUUCAGAGGCAAUUCUCUUUGGAUGAUUUAACAAUUUCUCACCCUCAUGCUAAACAUGAACGAGUACCUACAAUGUACCUAGGGCUAAUUACCCUUCCCUUACCUGGCUUAAUUCUUUAUGGAUUUGGUAGAUUCAGAAAAAGUCCUCUUCUAUUCUGGAAGAGCUUGAUGGGUUUACUUUACUCCACCAUGAUUUCUGGUCUCAUCGUAACCGUCAUUAAAAACACAGUGGGAAGACCUCGCCCAGACUUUAUAGCUCGCUGUGAUCCUCUUAGUUCAUCUCCCCAUACCGGGUUGGUGGAUCUCCAUGUUUGUACUACAUCUUGGGAGAGUCAUACUCUGCAAGAUGGAUUACGAUCCUUUCCUUCUGGCCAUACGGCUUUUUCUUUCGCAGGACUUGGAUAUCUCUCCUUGAUCAUUGCCUCUCAAUUGAGGAUGUUUCGCAAAAAGACUUCUUCCUGGGCGAUUGUAAUGCCUAUUCUACCAUUGAUGCUCGCUACCUGGAUAGGUAUUAGCCGUAAUGAGGAUUACCGUCAUCACGUAGAAGAUAUUGUCGUUGGCGGUUUUCUGGGAAUGACCAUUGCAUACGUUUGUUAUCGUCAAACUUUCCCUCCUUUAAAUGACGCUCUUGCUAACAUUCCAUACGCUCAACUUGAAAUUGAUGAGGGUAACUUGGACAGCAGACGAGUGGUAGAAGAAAUGGUUUAG